UGUAUUAUUGACAUCUAUAUUACGUUACGAAAUUAGGUGAAUGGAAAUAAACAAAUCAAAUUGUGUGAUACAUAAUACAAUAAAUUAUUUCAAUUAAUCCAUAGUGAUAAAAAUGUUGAUAAGGAAUUAAAUAAUAAAAAUGGCAGAAUUAAUAGCGAAUUUAAAACUGGUAAAAAAUAAAAUUACUAUUGCUUCUGCUAGAAGAUCACCAGAGUAUAAAUAUUUUGAACCACGUUUAGUAGCUGUGAGUAAAUUAAAACCAGUUGAAUUAAUUGUUGAUGCUUAUAAAGCUGGUCAAAGACAUUUUGGAGAAAAUUAUGUCAAUGAAUUAUUAGAAAAAGGAAACGAUCCAAUUAUUUUGGAAACAUGUACAAAUAUACAUUGGCAUUUUAUUGGCCAUCUUCAACGUAAUAAAGUAAAUAAGUUAUUAAGUGUUCCCAAUUUAUAUGUAAUUGAAUCAAUAGAUAAUGAAAAACUUGCAUCAGCAGUAAAUACUUCUUGGAUUAAUUAUAGGAAAGAUGAAAAUUUAAAAUUAAAAGUGAUGGUACAAGUUAAUACUAGUAAAGAACAAGAAAAGAAUGGUUGUGAAAUUACAAAUGUUUGUCCUCUUGUUCAGCAUAUUAUUGCUAAUUGUAAAAAUUUAGAAUUUAUAGGUCUUAUGACAAUAGGUAUGUUUGGAUAUGAUUACAGUAAAGAACCAAAUCCUGAUUUUUUAUGUUUAAAAGAAUGCAGAGAAAAUGUUUCAAAACAAUUAGAUAUUGAUUUAAAACAAAUUGAAUUAUCAAUGGGAAUGUCAAAUGAUUAUGAACAUGCGGUGGAAUUAGGAAGUACCAAUGUUAGAGUUGGUACUGCCAUAUUUGGAGAAAGACCAAAAAAGAAUAUUUAAUGAAAUUAUAUUUUCAUUGUAUAUUACGAUGUAUAGAAGUACGAAAAUAUACAUAAAAUAUAUCUUAAAUCAAUAGAAUGCUUUCUAUCUAAUGAUAGAGGAUGAGGAAAGACAAAUAUAUAUUGCUAUAUUCAUUUAGUUUCCAAUCGUGAAACUAUGUGACCGCUCAUACGAUUUGCAUACUUAUUCAUCGGAAAAUUAUCAAGAAAUCGAAAUUCUUACCUCAAAAUUGAAAAAAAAAAAAAUUCAAAAAAAAAAAAAAACUGCAUUUGCAA